GCACUGGCUACUUAGGCCCCCGAUCGUGCGACACCUCGCGCAUUGAAAUCCGUGUGGCCGACUGGGGCAACACUCAUGCCCAGGCCCAAUGAGCGAAAGUACUGCGGGUUCGGCUGGCUGCGGGGGAUUCGGACCACCUAUGACAAGGUGCCUUCCACCAGUGAGACCGCCGUGCAGACCGAGAGGUCAGCCAUGCGCAUCCUCCAGAAGCCGCGGCCCAAGGUGAUGCCCGAGGAGAUGAUGGCGCAGCAUUAUAGCGACCCGGACUACCGGGCCAGGGUGGCUGCAGCCAAGUUGAUGAACAUCCUGUGGGCCAAGGAGCCUUCACAAGUCCAUUUGGAUCAAUCGCUUUAUGGUGCAGCCUUUGUGUUGCCGCAGAUUGCUCGCUCUGCCGGUUGGCCAAAGGAGCUGACGGUGUUGGUGCUGAAGACCUUCUUGGUCUUGUUCGUGAACUACUUCGUGCAGUUCGCCGUGCUGUACUUUAUCGCCACGGAAGAUAUGGUUUGGGAUCUCUUCUCUGGUCAGAUGUACCUCUGCAACUUUGGGAAGGAUGCACCCUCUUGCCCGGACGGCCCCAAUUGCAUUGGCCCGGGGGGCACGGUCUUCACCGACUCCAGAUACUACUCCUGGGACCAGUGGAGCGUGCGCAUCUUUGCCAGAGAUGCGAUGAAGGCACUCUUCCCCGAUGAGCGCGCAGAUAUCAGCAGGUACGCGGAUCCAGGGGAGUAUGGGGUCGAGAGCAACACCUGUCGAUUCGUUUGCUGCGGCCUUUAUGUGGUCACUGUUCUGGACGACUUGAUCGGGAGCUACAAUUUAUUUAAGCUGAUGAACAGCAUCGAGAGCAAGGACGAUCUUUGGAUCGACUGGGAGGCGCCUGGAAAGGCCUGGGCCAGUAAGGAGCAUGAAAAGACGGUGAUGAACCACGAAGAGAUGGACUUUGUGACGUUGAAGAUCGCUGGGAUGCCGUUCCACUGGAAGGUCCUCAACUAUCUCUUGAUUCUGUUGCCGAAGAUCUGCCUCUGGAAGGUCACCGCGGAGGCGGGCGUCGUCUUCCUCAUGGACACUCAAGGCAUCGAAGACUUGGUCGUGAACUCUGUUGCUUUGGCCUUCAUCCUGCAGAUUGAUGAGCUUAUGUGCCAUGAGUUCAUCAAUGAGAAGGUGCAUCAGCUGUUGUCCAAGUUGGAGGUCCACAUGAUCGGCGAAGUCGACUGGGUCGACGAAGUGGAGAGGAUGUCAGAUCAAGAGCUUUUCGAGAAGAACCAGCGCGACAUCGUCGAGAGCUGGUCCAUGCGGGAUCUUUGGCGGUUGGUCCCAGGCAAGCUAAUCCUUUGCCUCUUGAUCACGUGGUUCUUCGUGAUGCGCUACUACACCAUCUACUGCAUGCAAAACGAGGCGGGCGGCAUGGUGUCCAAGCCUUUGGGCCUUCCCAAGGCCUCCAAGCUCUCCUUGCCCAACGCCUAUUUGACGAGCUUCUUCCCGCCGCCCAGGGAGGAGAAGUUCUUUUGGUCGAUGCCCAAUGUGCCGCGCGACGAACACUGAGGGUCGAUCGAAAGAGCACGCUCUUCUGCUUUCAGCUGGAAGUGGUGAAGGGGUCCCUGUCAGACGGGCAGUCGUCAUAUGGUCCUCAAAAGUCAUACGCUCGUGAGAGUAGCA